AUGCCACCACGGGUGUUGGUCAUCGGAUCUGGUCUAGCCGGUCUGACUACAGCAUACUUGUUGCAUAGGGAAGGUUGUGAGGUCUUUCUCGUCGAACGGUCUGAUCAACUAGGGUUCCAUUCUUCUUCCAUUGUCAUUCCAAGGGACAACGCAAAGGUACCCUGGGGCCAGGAAGAUUGGGUGGUCGACGUUCCCAUGCGGAGUUUCCAAGGCGGUUACUACCCUCUCUUGAUUGCGCUUUACAGACAUCUCGGACUCUCGUUCACCUCUGCAGACUUUACAUUCUCCUUCUCUCGACUUCAUGCUCCAUCUCCCCUUCGCUCAGCUUCUCAUUCCAACCGACCGACAAUUUCCACUUAUUUUAUUCAUUCUGGAUCAUCAGGUCUUUCACUCCCUUCCUUUCCUCACAAAGCUUACAGCUCGUUCAUCGCUCUCCUCCGACACUCAGUCCGCUGGACGAUUUUCGCCGUAUGCUACAUCUGUCUCCUGGUCUUAUCAUUCAUCUCAUGGCAUACCCUCCUCCCUCUCCCUCGUACGCUCUCAGCCUUACUCGACUCGAUCUCCGAUCUGCCGAUACUGUAUCGGAUAAUAGGAGAAUUCAUCCAUGAGAUCUUUGUGCCGAUCUUUUCGGCAGUAGGCACCAUGACGUGUUCCGACGUCCUCAACACACCGCUCGAUACAAUCCUGGCGUACGUUCAUAACACCUUUGGAACGAGUCAUUACGCUCUGGCGCAACAUUCCGCAAGGGAUGUCGCCCGACUGCUGGUCGAGCCUUUGAGAAUUCAAGGCGGCGAAGAUCAUAUUAGGCUCGGCGCUGAGAUCUCCGCGAUUCGCAUGACAACGAAGGCAUCUCGAGAUGAUAGACCGUCGCCGACGGGUGAUCAGGCCUUCAAAGUCAGUUUGAAAGAAGGUGAUGAGAUAAUCGUGGACAGAAUCGUCAUCGCCACUCAGGCUAGCGCUGCCAUUUCUUUAAUAGACAUGAUCAAAGGCAUGGACUCGCAUGAGGAUCAGCGCAGAGUCGAUCUCUUCAAGUCAGCGCUGUACAGAGUCUCUUACAGGGAGACCAUUGUAGUAACACAUCGAGACUACUCUGUGCUACCGAGAGACGCCGAUACGCGAGACAUCAACCUGGUCCUGCCGGACUCAUCCUUGCUACAUCCGACGACAGAAUCAAGCUAUGGGCCAACUCCAGCCCUUUCGUCAACUUGGACCUCGCGAUCCCCCUCUAAUUACGCAUCUGGUCCAUCCACACCGAUGGAACCCGCCUUCCAUCAGAUGUCUAUGCCUUAUUUCCGUCCGAAGAACGACGAGGUGUAUACCAUGGCGACGCACAUCAUAUAUCCUCCCAGUGGUUUUGAAUCGAAUGGUCCGAUACUACAAACGACAAAUCCAAUCGUACCGAUUGCCUCUGGAUCUGUCCUAGGUAUAGCGAGACUUGAGAGAGCUUUGCCACUUGAGAAUCCAGAUACCAUCCUCGAAUCACUGAGCGUGGCGCCGGGCUCAUCCGACGAAGCAUCGCAUAAAAUUCACUUUGUGGGAUCCUAUGCUCACUCUGGAAUACCCUUACUGGAAGGUUGCGUGGGCAGUGCGCUGCGAGUGGUCAAAGAGAUCUUGGAGAGCGAAGGACUUCGAACUCGGACCAAUAAGACGCCCCUGGGACAUGUGGACUGGACCCAAGGCUUGGGAGGCAGAGUCGGCCGACUUUGGCGUUGGCGUGCGCGAAAACUCUAUUAG